AGGAAAAAUAUUAGCUUAACUAUACAAGCUAAGAUAGAAAAACAAAGAUUUUAUAUUACAAAUACAUUUUUAGAAUAUUAGCUAAUGCCAAUUGCUUAAAACCCCAGCAAUCGGAAAUCCGAAAACAAAGUGGCUUCCUCCACAGAGGGAAAUUCCGGACAAUGAAAAUCCAAUCGGAAAUUCAUCCUCUCACUGAAAAGUAUGCUGCAGCAAAAGUUUUCGGAGCUGUUUCGGAACCCAAAAAUCCAAAAACCCACCCUGGUCAACGUCAUCGAUGGUGGGGGAAGGGGAUCAGAUUGCCCUUUGCCUGUGUACAGUGUACACAUGUCUGGGUCAGUGGGCUUCCUUUGGCCACUCCCGCCCCCAAAAGUUCUCCACCUCUGCCGGCACUUGAGGCCUUAAAGCCAUUUCCCUAUUGAAAGCAGCAAAAAAGUAUAAAUAGCCAAGGGACUCAACCCCAUCAGCCGGCCACUUGAGCUUGGCGUGGUAUGCCAUUGUUGUGAUGUCAACCGUUGAGUCCAUUGUUCCAUCCUGUCCAGGUGACGAGCCGUAAUGGAUGCUGCUGCUCUCAUCUCUGUCACAAAAGGUAAUCCGAGAGGCGGCUUUUGUCCUAGAUGAGUAUAAAAGUGCGGGGACUCCUUGGCCAGGGCCGCAAAAGGAGUUCAGCGCUGGACAGGCACAGAUCGAGCAAAAUGCCGUGGUUGCCCAUUUCCAUAACGGCGCUGGUGCUGCUUAACCUGACAAAUACAGGGGACGCCAGUCUGUACUCCAGUGAUGGAGGCUUCGAUGAAAUGCUGGGUCUCAGGAGUUGCGAGCCCCAAUGUCCGGAACAGCAUGGGGAGGAGCAGCAGUCCGAUCGCAGUACAUCAAAGAUGCUAAGUGCCCUUUUCGGAUUCGGUCCGAGUACUCCACAUCCCACGGAGAUUGCAAUGGCGAUGCCCCACCAGCUGCCGCCCAUGUACUACAACGAUUUCUAUGAGGACCUGCUGACCACCAAACGCAACGAUGUCCACUCCGCAGGCUGCGAUUGCAAAGUUACGAACGAGCUGGUGGAUCUGGGCAGCAUGCACUAUCCGCGCUACCUGAUGAACGCCGUUUGUGAAUCAGGCUCCGGACGGAAUCUGGCCAAGUGCUCCCACGGAUCCAACUGCCGUCCUCUGGAGUACAAGGUGAAGGUUCUCACACAGGGCACAGGGCAGACAGAUCCAGCCUACUCCUGGAUGAACAAGGAUCAACCGUGGCAGUUCAGAACCGUAACCGUAACUGCCGGCUGCUUCUGCGCCAAGUGAUUGAAAGGAUGUGGAGAACUGUCAAUAUGUGAAUGUGGAAUAUCUGUAUAUUAAAGCGCCAAAAAGA